GCCGAGAUGACUUCGAAAGAGGACGGCAAGGCGGCGCCUGGGGAGGAGCGGCGGCGCAGCCCGCUGGACCACCUGCCGCCGCCCGCCAACUCCAACAAGCCGCUGACACCGUUCAGCAUUGAGGACAUCCUCAACAAGCCGUCGGUGCGAAGAAGUUACUCGCUGUGCGGGGCGGCGCACCUGCUGGCGGCCGCGGACAAGCACGCGUCGGGCGGCUUGCCCCUGGCGGGCCGCGCGCUGCUCUCGCAGACUUCGCCGCUGUGCGCGCUGGAGGAGCUCGCCAGCAAGACCUUUAAGGGGCUGGAGGUCAGCGUCCUGCAGGCGGCCGAAGGCCGCGACGGCAUGACCAUCUUUGGGCAGCGGCAGACCCCUAAGAAGCGGCGAAAGUCGCGCACGGCCUUCACCAAUCACCAGAUCUACGAGUUGGAAAAGCGCUUCCUCUACCAAAAGUACCUAUCUCCCGCGGAUCGCGACCAAAUCGCGCAGCAGCUGGGCCUCACCAACGCUCAGGUCAUCACCUGGUUCCAGAACCGGCGCGCCAAACUCAAGCGGGAUCUGGAGGAGAUGAAGGCCGACGUGGAGUCCGCCAAGAAACUGGGCCCCAGCGGGCAAAUGGACAUCGUGGCGCUGGCCGAACUCGAGCAGAACUCGGAGGCCGCGGGCGGCGGGGGCGGCGGCUGCGGCAGGGCCAAGUCAAGGCCUGGCUCUCCGGCCCUCCCCCCAGGCGCUCCGCAGGCCCCGGGCGCCGGGCCCCUGCAGCUCUCGCCCGCCUCCCCGCUCACGGACCAGCCGGUCAGCAGCCAGGACUGCUCGGAGGACGAGGAAGACGAAGAGAUCGACGUGGACGAUUGAGCGGCGCCUGGGCUCUGUCGCCGCCCCGGGCCCCUAGCGUCAGCACGCCUUGCAGCCUCCCGGACCGGACCGCCGAGGGGAGCUGGGACCUCCUCUGCAACUCCCGCCUCGCUCCUGCCCCAGGCCCGGACUGGGCUCCCAGCCGCCGCCUCUUCCCUCUCUAAGCAAUAAACCCGGGCUGGCCGGCCGGGCCGGCCGCCGCUCCCGGCGUCCGCCGCCCCGCAAGCCCUAGGCCGAGCAUUUCUGUUCGGCUUCUGUAUAAAUAUUUAAACCUAUAUAGUGGGUUCUUCCCACCGCAGCCUGACUUGUUUCCCCUUUCUUUUAUUUUUUAAA